AUGGCGCUCCUCAACCCCGUCUACGCCAUUGCCGUCCCCUCUCUCCUCGUCGUCACCCUCCCUCUGGCCUUGCUGGCCGGCGUCACAACCACCCUCGCCUUUUCCGCCCUCAUCUUCCGCGUCGUCGUCGUCUACCUCGACGUCGCCCUGUCGCUCGUGCCGCAGUCGCUCGCGGGCCUCCGGCCGCACGGGCGCCACGCAGACCUCGACGCCCGGCCCCCCGCCGCCUGCCGCGCUUCCCGCGCCGGCAGCCGCAGCCGCAGCCGCGCCAGCUCGGCAGCCUCCUCGGCCCACCAGCAGCAGCAGCAUCCGCUGUUCCAGAGGCGCCGCCGCAGCCGCCGCCGCCGCCGCCUGAGCAGCAGCGCCAACGCGCCGCCCUCCUCCGGCGGGACAACCACCCCCAUCGGCGGCGACUUCGGCUUCGGCCUCGGCCUCGUGCCCAGCGUCGGCGCCGACAGGGACUUUGAGGGCAUCGGCGGCUGGCGCUCGGGCGACGACGACCAGGCCUGGACCACCAUCAACUCGCGCAUGGAGCUGCCCGACCGCGGCGGCUUCGCCAAGCACCACUACCGCACUCCGUCGGGGGGCGGCGCCACGACCCCCGGCGACGGCGGCGUCCUGAUGAUGAAGACGACGCGCAGAAGCCCCGAGCCCAGGACGAUCGCCCUGGCCGCGACGUCGCCAAACACCUCGAGGACGAGGACGCCAUCCGCCUCGCGCAUGCAGAGCUUCGCCACUCUCGGCAGCUCCGACGGCUAUUUCCCGCUGGCCAUGUCGCCCAAGGCAAACAAGAAGCUGCAGCUGCCCAUGUAG